GAUCUUCCAGAUAUUGCAAAGCUUUGCCCUGCAAGUUGAGCAGAAUUUGGACAGCCAAUGCCGAGCUGCAGACAAUAUGAUCGCCUGGGAGCUUGAGUAUCGAUCAACCUUCAUCGACGUGAAGGAGGACAGUCGCGAGGAGAGGGUGCGAUCGAAUAGUUGCCCGGCUCCACGUAGACUUCGCGACACAGUCCAGUUGGCUGCCUAUGAAGUGGAGGAGCAAAUGAAAGGCUAUGUCAACGACUUGAACUUCCGUGGUGAGGAGAUUGGCGAGAUUGGCACCGUGACCGGUGGUGUGGUGGAGCAGCAUGAGGAGGAGGCAGAAGUAGAAGCAAAUGAAGUCGCUUCCACCAAGGACGAAGAUGAAGCUGUUGAUGCUGUUGUGACUGGCGAUGAAGCAGAAGAAGGUGUGGAAAUCGUGGGAAGCAUUGGAAGCUAUGGACACCCGGAAGUUUGCCGCCGCCGUUGCGUGCAUUUUUUAAGGGGCUUUUGCCAGAGUGGCUUGGAUUGCAACUAUUGCCAUCUGCCACACCCAGCACACGAGGCCAAGUUGGACAAGAAGCAGCGCGGUUUGCUUGAUGGCUUGUCAAAGGCCCAACUGUUGGGUACGGCCCUCACUUUCCUCUACCGUCGGGCACAGCAGAAGGAAAUAUUGGAAGCUGCACGACCAAUUUUGGCGAUCUACGAGCAGGAAGCUGUACAUGGUGUGGCUGAGAACCAGCGCAUCAAGAAACUGGACAAAGUCAUGGGCAGGAUGUCUUUUGGUGCCCUGUUGAGCCUUUCAUCCCAUCGACUUGGAGAAGACUUUCACCGCCGUGUCACAGAGGCGGAAGAAACUUUGCGCUUU